AUGGCUUCAGCCCUGGCGGGUGCGGUUACGGGUGCGAUUGCGACGGUAGCUCCCGGCGGCACGGAGCGGGAAAUGCUUCAAGGACCAUCAGAAGAUGUGUUUGCAAAGAUGGAAAAUUCAGUUGAAGACAUGGAUACCUCCGAUACCCAGUGGGGCUGGUUUUAUUUGGCUGAGUGUGGUAAAUGGCAUAUGUUCCAGACUGACUCAAACAGUCACUGCUCUAUUAGCAGUGAAGAUAUCGAGAGGAGUUUCCGAACAGACCCUCGUGGAUCUCUUUCUUUUACCACUGCAAAGUUUAACUACACACUGGACUUUUCAGUGAUGAAGCAAAUCAACCUAACUACCCUUAAACAACGUCCAAUAAAGCGAGCUCCCUUUGCAAUCAAUUCAUUCAGUUUCAUCUGUGAAAAUGAGGCUAUCCCUAUGCCUUCACACUGGGAGAAUGUAAAUACUGAGGAGCCAUACCAGCUUAUUCCAUUGCAAAAGAAAACAAAUGAAUAUAAUGAAGUUUCUAGUCUCUUUGGAAAAACAAUGGAUAGCCACCGAAUUAAAAGAAUUAAGAGAAUACAAAAUCUAGACUUGUGGGAGUUUUUUUGCAGGAAAAAAGCUCAACUGAAGAAGAAGAGAGGUGUCCCAAUGAUUAAUGAGCAGAUGCUGUUUCAUGGCACAAGUAAUGAAUUUGUAGAAGCAAUAUGUAUUCAUAAUUUUGACUGGAGAAUAAAUGGAAUGCAUGCUGCUGUGUAUGGAAAAGGGACCUAUUUUGCCCGAGAUGCAUCAUAUUCCAGCCAUUUCUGCAAAGAGAGCAUGAAGCACGGAGAUACUUUCCAGAUUCAUGGUGUGAACCUGCAGCCUCAUCUGCAUAGACCAGAUAAAGUCAUGUUUCUUGCUCGUGUAUUAACUGGUGACUAUAUCGGCGGUGAUUCAAAAUACAUGAGGCCUCCUUCAAAAGAUGGAAGCUUUGUGAACUUGUAUGACAGCUGUGUGGAUAACACCUGGAACCCAAAGAUCUUUGUCAUCUUUGAUGCCAACCAAAUCUACCCUGAGUACUUAAUAGAAUUUUGUUAAGUUUGAACUGAGUAUUGUUUGUGUUUUUUUGAUACUUUUGUUCUUUUUGUAAAGACAACAUAGAAACAUGAUGCAUGAAAGAGAGGUGAAAGAAAAGCUGGCAUACAUUUAUCGAGGAGGGAAGCUAUUAAAUAUUUAAGAGACUGGUGAACUGUUUUUAAAAAUCUGUAAACUUUACUAAUGCAUUUUUCAAAUAUAGAGACAAAUCUGAAGUUGCUUAGUGAGCCUUAAAUACACUGAGCAUUGGUAAGUUUUCAAAGGCAAGACUUAUGUUUUGAUUUUCUAAAUUAUAUUAAAAGUGGUAGAAAUAUGCCUCUAAUAUAGUAUGCAUAUGAUGAAACUAAUCUUUUAUAAAGAUUGCCUAUAAAACAUAAAGUAAGAACAACAGCAAAACCCCAGGGGACAUGGCUAUGUGUGUGUGUGUGUGUGUGUGUGUGUGUGUGUGUGUUCUGUAGUACAUGUUACUUUGUUUGGAGGUCUCUUAGUUUGGAUUCUAAAGGUAGGAAAAAAAAAAGAAGAAUCUACAGCUCCUUCAUCAAUUUCCUCCAGAUAAACUUCAACAAGUUUUGCUGGAAAUGAGGCCCAUAACUUAUGGUUGUUAAUUGUUUGGUAUAUAGAUGUUGGGCUCACUGUUGGGAUAUCAGCAGUGCCAUACACCUUUCUCAGGUCUUACCCUAUGGAAUUUUUGCCAUCUCGUUAGAGUAUUCAUGUGCUGCUGUUAUUCCUGUCUGGUCAGAGUUCAAGACACAUUCAGUGCUCAUAUACUUGGUGUUACUGAAGACAAUGUUUAGAUUAACUUAACUGGAGACAAUACAGUUAAACUAACAAGGAAAAUUUCAAAAGAUGCCAUCCUUUAGUUUUAAACACUGUAAUAGAAAGCUUUCAGGUACAGUUGUGCAGACCAGGUUUUCAUAACUGGUAUGGUUGUAAAGUUAAAGAGUAUUUUUCACAUGUAGAAAGAGCAAAAGAGACAGUAUUUGGGUAAAGAACAAACCUGAGUACCUAAACACAUGAAGAGGCUGAGGAAGGGGCUGUUACAGUGAAGUGCCCUGUCAUGUGAAAUGAUUUGCUAUGGAAUUGUGUCCCUAGUGUCCUUUGUUAAAGGACCUAAGUAGUACUAAUGGACAAAGUCAAAGUUGAAACUUUUCCAGGCUCUUUCUUUGGCUAUAGUAACAAGUCCCUGUAGAAUCAAUAGAUAAUUGUGGCAGUUGUGGAAUGAUCUGUGUUGGUUUGUUACAGAAUUGUUAAUGGACUUUUUUGGAUCAAAGGCUAUGUUUAAAAUGUGUUGCGUUUAAAGGCACUGCAGCUGCAGGCGUGACCAGGUCUGCUCAAAGUCAUACUAAAGCAGUGGAACUGGAAGCAGAAGAUGACAGCAUAUCUGGCAUUGUAACUGAGGACACAAAUAUCUCUUCCUUCUCCUGCGUGCCGUCACCAUUGUCUGUCAGUGGAUCUUGCACAAGUUGUUUAUCUGUUUCUGUUUGUAAUUUCAUGGCAAUUUUCUUGUCCCUAAACCAUUUAGGGCUUAAAAUGCAUUUUCCUUUAUUUUAGGAAGUAUAAUUUCUGAUCCCAGUUGGGAAUUCUAGGUUCUACUCUUCUAGGUAUGAUUUGUGUUUGAUUUUGCUACGCUAGCUCUGCAAAAGGCACUUUGUCCCCCACAUUGUAUAAAAUAAUAGCAAAUCACGCAAGGAAUUUGUGUGUUACUGAAUCUUUUUUAUUAUUACACAGUAUUCUACAGAGCAUACAUUUUAUGAAACUAACAAAUACAUGUGCUGUUGUUCCUUUAAUUUUGUCUUUUACUUCUGAAACUGUUUUUUUUUUGUUAAGUAAACAGAAAUUUAUCGCCUCAUGGAUACAAAGUACCACAAUCUUUACUGAUCUCAAAGACUUUUCUGAUUUUUUGUGUGGUGGUGUCUUGUUUGCUGCUUAAUUUUAAUUGAAUGGCACAAUCUUAAUCUUACUGCGCAAUUGAAGUUUUACCUCUUCUUUCAAUAUUGUGUGUUCUGCUUUUUGUGUUGAUUAAUUUUGUUAUUGAAGAUGUCUGUAAAACAACUGUCCUGUCUCUGGCAAGGGGAGAGCGAUUAUUCUUGUGAGCGAAGUCCAGAACUGUACAAGUAGCCAAUACAGGAAAUAGUUGGACUUAA